AUGAAAGUGGGCGCCAGUAUACACGAUCUUCCCGUCGAAUUGCUGGUCUACAUCCUAAAAUAUAUGGUGGGAAUGCCAGACAACCCACGGGUUGGAGGACCAGCAUUUUUCCAAGCAUGCUUUCUCACUCGCAUUUGCAAGAAGUGGCGGGAUAUCGUCAUCAAUACCCCUGCUCUUUGGUCGACCUUCAAUGGGAGUCUGACUACCCGCGCCAUUAGUCGUGCGCUGGAACGAUCCAAGAACGCCCCUCUACAACUUUUCCUUUGUUACCCUGUCCGAUUCAACCCCGAACUCCAAUAUGCUAUCUCAAAGCUCUACGCUCAGACAAAUCGCAUUGAUAUCCUAGAACUUUGUAUCGACGAGCAAGUCUGGCCGUCAUCAUUAACCCAAGACCUUUGCAAGGAGGCGUUGUUGCUCGAGCGUAUCUGCAUGCACCGAUUUAUCCCCACUCUGCGACCUGUGGUUGUUCCAUCUAGCCUCUUCGGCGGAGUCCGCCCUCCUAAACUUCGCCACCUUUCCUUGCGGUUCUGCCAGGUACUCUGGGAUUCACCCUGGCUUCGUGAUCUACAGGUGCUCGAGAUAGAGCUUGGGGCCGCCCAGCAACGUGUAGGCUUUCCGCAGCUCCUGGACGUAUUGCGCGCUAUGGAAUCCCUGGAGGUCUUGACGUUGAGCGGAUGCCUGCCUGUUGAGGUACCCUCGAAAAUCUUGGACAACGCGGUUACCCUUAGUCGACUACGCAAGCUGACCUUGCUGUCCGCUGAAGCGGAUACAUGUGCUGCGUUUCUGCACCUCGUGGAUUGUGCACCAUCCCUACUGCGUAUACGCGCUGAAGCGUCACCUUCCAAACUCCAACCGUUCUUGGAAGCAUGCACCCAGCGGCUUCGUUCGAACCGCGUCAAUACGUUGAAGAUCGAUGGGACAUACAGGCAAGGCGCCAACAUCCAGCUACAAGGAUUCUACGCUACAGAUGUCGAGCGGCCGCGUCCUGUGUUCGAUAUCCACGUAACCAUGGGUAUCCGAGAGCCCCCUUUGCUGAUCGUCUCGCUUGGAACAGAUGUACUCCCAAUUACCGACGUCCACACGCUGCACCUUUACACAAAUGCAGUCUCGUUGGACGAGAGCUGCAUGUCUUCCCUAUCCAAAAACCUUCCCAACUUGCGAACGCUCGAUAUCUCGCACGACGCCGAUCUUCAUGCCUGGAUCGCGUUCGUGCUGGCUGAUGUGCCCUUUGCGAAAUUGGGAAAGGUGCAGCAGCCAGCUCUGUGGAUGCCUGAUCCUGAGGUUGUUCUCGAUCUUCAAAAGACGAUAGAACAGGAAGUAGUGUUCGUAGAGCGGAGCUUGGAUGCAGGUCCACCCCGAGAUUACGACCAUCGUUGGGCCAUGGACUGGUAG